UUAACAACAAGUUAGGUCAGUGUUCACAAGUGUUGCACAAUUUUUUUCUGGUGAACAACAUCCACGUAAAGGAUCACAGGAUCAUAAUCAGCCGGGCUUGAACAAUAUCUCGACCUUCACCAAUUAUUUCAGACCUGACAGUGGAAUUGAUUUCGUGGUGAAGUCUUCUGUGACAGUUAUCAGUGGACACAAGUUGGUUUCAGAAAGCACAAGAUGAAUUCAUCAAUGACAGCCAAGGAGAUUCGUUCCGCCUAUAUCGACUUCUUCAAGAGCAAAGGCCAUGAGUACGUCCACUCGAACUCGACAAUUCCUCAUGAUGAUCCAACACUGCUGUUUACUAAUGCUGGCAUGAAUCAGUUUAAGCCGAUAUUUCUGGGCACAGUUGAUCCCAACAGUGAUAUGUCCCGUUGGGUUCGUGUGGUGAACUCCCAGAAAUGCAUUCGUGCUGGUGGUAAACACAACGAUCUCGACGACGUGGGCAAGGACGUCUACCAUCACACAUUCUUCGAGAUGAUGGGCAACUGGUCGUUUGGUGAUUACUUCAAGAAAGAGAUCUGCACGUGGGCCUGGGAGUUCCUGACGCAGGUCCUGGGGCUGCCAGGGGAUCGUCUCUACGUGACGUACUUUGGGGGUGACGAGGGUGCAGGUCUUGCCCCAGACAAUGAGUGCAAGGACCUCUGGCUAUCCCUGGGCCUUCCACCCUCCCACGUUCUCCCAGGAAGCAUGAAAGACAAUUUCUGGGAGAUGGGGGAGACUGGGCCCUGUGGACCCUGCAGUGAGCUCCACUACGAUCGCAUUGGAGGCAGGGAAGCCGCUCAUCUCGUCAACAUGGACGAUCCAGAUGUCCUGGAGAUAUGGAAUCUCGUGUUCAUUCAGUUCAAUCGAGAGUCUGAUGGCAGCCUACGAAGCCUUCCCAAGAAACACAUCGAUUGUGGCCUUGGACUCGAACGACUUGUCUCGGUUAUUCAAAACAAAAGGGCUAAUUAUGAUACUGAUCUGUUCAUGCCCCUUUUUGAGGCCAUACAGAGGGGCACUGGAGCUCGUCCUUAUACGGGGAAAGUUGGGGCUGAGGACAGUGAUGGCAUCGAUAUGGCUUACAGAGUUCUUGCUGAUCAUGCCAGGACCAUCACCAUUGCUCUCGCUGAUGGUGGAAUGCCCAACAAUACUGGUCGAGGCUAUGUCCUUCGCAGAAUUCUCCGUCGCGCAGUGCGCUACGCCACAGAGAAACUGAAUGCAAAGCCAGGAUUUUUCGGUUCCCUGGUGCACGUUGUCGUGGAGCUCCUCGGAGAGAUCUUCCCUGAGUUGCAGAAGGACCCAUUGUCAAUUAUCGACGUGAUAAACGAAGAGGAGAAUCAAUUCCUGAAGACAUUGUCUCGAGGUCGCAGUCUGCUAGACAAGACCAUCUCCAAACUGAAUGAUAAGACAGUCCCUGGGGAUGUUGCCUGGCGGUUGUACGACACUUACGGCUUCCCCGUGGACCUCACCCAGCUGAUGGCCGAGGAGAAGGGCCUGACUGUUGACAUGACAGCUUACGAGGAGUCCAAGAGACUUGCUCAGAUCACCUCCCAGGGUAACGCUGGUGGUGUUGAUGAUCAGAUUAACCUGGACAUUCACGCAAUUACGGAGCUCCAGAGCUCUGGAGUUUCACCGACAGACGACUCCUGGAAGUACAAUUACUCGACGAAUGAAGAGGUCACUGCUGAGUACAGUUUCGCCCCUUGCAGUGGUACAGUCAUAGCUCUGAGGAGGCAGAAGAAAUUCGUGGAUGAGGCACAACCUGGGGAGGAGGUUGGAGUUCUCCUGGAUAAGACGUGUUUCUACGCCGAGCAAGGGGGACAAAUCUACGACGAGGGUUUCCUGGUGAAGGCCCCGGAGGGAAGUCCUGAGGGAAACGAGGGAGAGGACUCUGCGGAGGUCAGGGUGACCAAUGUCCAGGUCCGAGGGGGUUACGUCCUGCAUAUUGGAACGGUGGGAACUGGGGUGCUGAGAAAGGGCGAUCAACUGCAGCUGAAUAUAGACACUUCUAGGAGACGACUGGUGAUGAGCAAUCACUCCGCCACACACGCCCUUAAUUAUGCCCUGAGGAGGGUUUUAGGCACAGAGGCUGAUCAGAAAGGAUCAUUAGUAGCCCCCGACAGACUGCGAUUUGACUUCACGAACAAGGGAGCGAUGUCAACUAGUCAGGUUAAGGACACUGAGACCUACACCAACGAGAUGGUGAAGGACAACAGGAAGAUUUACGCUAAAGAGAGUAAACUUGCUGUUGCAAAAACUGUAAAUGGUCUUCGUGCGAUGUUCGAAGAGACUUAUCCGGAUCCAGUGAGGAUCGUGAGCAUGGGAGUACCUGUUGAGGACCUGGAGAAGGAUCCUCUGGGUCCGGCUGGCACGACAACGAGUGUUGAAUUCUGCGGAGGAACGCAUUUACAUUAUACUGGGCACAUUGGGGACUUUGUGAUAGCCAGUGAGGAGGCUAUUGCCAAGGGCAUCAGGAGGAUCAUCGCUCUCACUGGGCCCGAGGCGACUAGGGCCCUGAAGAAGGCUGAUCUGCUGCAGAACAGACUCAACGAUAUCCAGAGGGAAAUUAAUGGCCCUGAUUGCUUGAAAAAUACUAAGGAAGUUGUCAGAAAAAUUGUAGAGCUGAAUGACGAUGUUUCUCAUGCUGUCAUUCCAUACUGGAGAAAGGACGAGAUGAGGGUGUUGCUAAAGGGCUUUAAGAAAAAUCUGGAUGAUCAGGAUCGUGCUGCUAAAGCCAGAGUCGCCAAUCUCGUUGUGGAGAAGGUCGCAGAGAUAAUUCAGAAUAAUGUGGGAGUGGCUGUUCUCGUGGAGCAACUGGAAGCCUUCAGCAAUACAAAAGCUCUUGAUGGGGCUCUGAAGAAGAUCAAGGCGUUGUCACCAGAGACUAGUGCUCUGCUCCUCAGUGUCGAUGAGGAGGGGAAGAAAAUCGUUGCUCUCAGCGCUGUUCCUAAAUCAGCUGUUGAUAAGGGACUCAAGGCUAAUGAGUGGAUCCAGGCCAUUUCACCUCUGAUGGGGGGAAAGGGAGGUGGCAAAGCUGAAUCUGCUCAGGCUUCUGGGGGAAAUGUGAACGCUCUGGAGGAGGCUCUGAAAGUUGCCAGGGAAUUUGCUGGCAUGAAACUUGGGGCCUAACGUGGGGAAGUCAAGGGGAGCUAUGCAUUUUUGCGGAUUUUGUACGUUUUUUUUAAUAAGAAAUAUAGAGUUCAAAGUAUUCGGCACUAUAGUGGGAUUUAUUAUUCACGAGUUUGUUGAAAACAUUUUUAUGUUGUAUGUAUGUAACGUUUAUCCAAAAAUUCAGUGAUAAAUCGGUUAAUAUUUUUAGUCAGAGGA